AUGACAAAUUCGGUCCGAUGGCUGUUCUCCACUAACCACAAGGAUAUAGGGACUCUAUAUUUCAUCUUCGGUGCCAUUGCUGGAGUGAUGGACACAUGCUUCUCAGUAUUGAUUCGUAUGGAAUUAGCACGACCCGACGAUCAAAUUCUUGGUGGGAAUCAUCAACUUUAUAAUGUUUUAAUAACGACUCACGCUUUUUUAAUGAUCUUUUUUAUGGUUAUGUCGGUGAUGAUAGGUGGAUCUGGUAAUUGGUCUGUUCCGAUUCUUAUAGGUGCACCUGACAUGGCAUUUCCACGAUUAAAUAAUAUUUCAUUCUGGUUGUUGCCGCCAAGUCUCUUGCUCCUAUUAAGCUCAGCCUUAGUAGAGGUGGGUAGAGGCACUGGGUGGACUGUCUAUCCGCCCUUAAGUGGUAUUACCAGCCAUUCUGGAGGAGCAGUUGAUUCAGCGAUUUCUAGUCUUCAUCUAUCUGGUGUGUCAUCCAUUUUAGGUUCUAUCCAUUUUAUAACAACUAUCUCCAACAUGCAUGGACCUGGAAUGACUAUGAAUAGAUCACCCCUAUUUGUGUGGUAUAUUCCAGUAACAACAUUCCCACUUUUAUUAUCACUUCUGGUACUGGCAGGGGCAAUUACAAUGUUAUUUACCGAUCGAAACUUUAAUACAACCUUUUCUGAUCCCGCAGGAGGGGGAGACCCCAUAUUAUACCAGCAUCUCUUUCGGUUCUUCGGCCAUCCAGAGGUAUAUAUUCCACUUCUUCCUGGAUUCGAUAUCAUAAGUCAUAUCGUUUCGACUUUUUCGGGAAAAUCGGUCUUCGGGUAUCUAGGCAUAGUUUAUGCCAUGAUCAGUAUAGGUGUUCUUGGAUUUCUUGUUUGGGCUAAUCAUAUGUUUAUUGUGGGCUUAGACAUUGAUACCCGUGCCUACUUCACCGCUGCUACCAUGAUCAUAGCUGUCCCCACUGGAAUUAAAAUAUUUAGUUGGACCGCUACCAUGCAGGAGGGGGGGGGGGUUCGAUACAACACAAAACACCCAUGUUAUUUGUUGUAG